GAGACUCACUGUUAUGCUCACAGGACAGAGGGGGAGAGAAGGAGAAAGGAGGACGAAGGAGGAGAGGUUCAGGCAGCUGAUCUUGGAUAAAUCACAACGAAGGAGCUGUGAAGAGAAACAUGAGUUUUUGACGUGUCCUGCUGCCUUUGGUCUGGGAAUCUGAGGUGGACCAGCCUGUAGAUGCUACUCGGUGCUUUGCGUUGACACUGUGGAUGCUUGCUAAAGACAACAUGGUUGACCACGGUGAGUAGGACUUUUAGUUCCCAUACUGAAAACUUUUGACUGUUAUGGAAAUCAGUACAAGUCCGUGUGUCUUUCAGAAUGGUUGCCUAGUAACCAUAAAGAAUAAGUAUAAAGAAACAGAGAAACAACAGAAGUGAAGACUUGUGUAAUGACCAAAUUACUUGCAGAGCGACGGACUUAAAUGGUACACUUGUUGGCUGGGAGACUGGAUGUGUGUGUGUGUGUGUGUGUGUGUGUGUGUGUGUGUGUGUGUGUGUGUGUGUGUGUGUGUGUGUGUGUGUGUGUGUGUGUGUGUGUGUGUGUGUGUGUGUGUGUGUGUGUGUGUGUGUGUGUGUGUGUGUGGAUUCCAUGACCAACAUGCACACAGAGGUCCUUUAUAAAGGCAGAAAUGACGUAACAUUCAUUCUAUCCAAUCCCAACAGAACCUGGAGAGCACACACAUUUUAGUGAGGCCAGGAGUGGAUGAAUGGAUGAAUGGGAUGGGCUUUCUUCUUGCUCUCAGCCCACACAGCCACAUGGCUGUAUGCUGCAAGCUGUUUUCAUUCCAGACUGACAGAACAGAGGCCAGAGCAACCGUGCAUUCCUUAAGAGUAUGCGAUCACUUGCAGAACAAGAAUUUAAGAUCAGCUGUUUCCCAUUAAGAACUAAUGUCAGACAUAGUGUCCGGGAUUCUACAUAUUGUAGGAGUACUAGAUUAGGGACGUACCGAUCCAGCGUCAGUCUAAGUUUGCUGUUUUGUUGUUUAUGUCUUAAUUUAACUCAUCAUCAUCUGGUCUUCAUCAUAGAAAACAAAGCUAGUUGACGACAUUUAUUAUCAUUAUAUUCAUUUAUGUUUUUAACACGACUGCACUGAACUUUACAGACAGCGGUAGAAGGGGGUUAAAUAUGUAAUGCAAUACAGUCAAAUGGUGUCAGAUGGAGAGACGAUGAGACAGACGGACCAAAGAACUGAAGAUGGACAUGACUGGAUGUGUAAUGAAAACAGGAAAUUUCAUUAUAAAGGCUGGUUUUGCUCUAUAUAAAUAUCAACCAGUGUAUGAGAUGAACUGCAGCCUGGGGUCCUAUAUACCUGAUCCCUGCACAGACUGAAUGUGUUGACUAUUUGAUGCAACUGUCUGUAAUAUUCAAACAAGACACCCAGUGCAGAAAUCAGGCUACUUUUUUCAUAUUUUGGUUGAUUUUACAGUGUUUUUUUUUUUACUUUUGAUACAUUUCUCAUAUUUGAUUCCAUUUUCAUACGGCUAAAUUGGACAUUGUAAGACAUACUCUGUGAUAGUGUCCUGGCCUGUAACUGGAAACCUUAAGUUAUUCCUGUGGUGGAGCCAGGGUUGGGCUACCUUGAAAUCGUUCACCAUGAUUGAGAACCCUUGUGAAAGACCAUAUGAAUUAAAGCAGUGAACCAGAAUCAGAAUCAGCUUUAUUGGCCAAGUGUGUGUUCACAUACAAGGAAUUUGACUCCCGUAAACUUUGCUCAAACAUUAAACAUGAAAUGUUACAAAAAUUACAAAGUAUGUACCAACUCGAACUAGACAUUUGUGUUUGCUGGUUUUGGUCUACAGUGAUCUGUAAAGCCUUCAUGAGGGGAGGAGUUUAAACAGUUUGUGUCCUGGGUAUGGGGGGUCUGCACUGAUGUUACCUACCUGUCUCCUGACCUGAAGCUGGCUCCACAGAAAUGCCGUCUCUUGAAAAGGUCAGUCAAGUCUCUGGGGCAUAUCAUUUCUGCUGAUGGAGUGAAUACUGACCCCUACAAGGUACAUGUAGGAGAGGCGGAGCUGAUGGAGAAUGAUGGCGUCACACCCUCCUGGAGAAAGAUAAGGUCCUUCCUAGAGAUAGUUUUAACAAUUAGCAUUUCGUCCUUGACUACUUUGCAAAGGCAAAACCUCUGUUCAGGCUUAUCUCAGAACUACAAAUUCAGUUUUAGGUCAAGAAAAGUAGGAAGUCUAAGAAAAAGUUGUCUGCUCUACCUGACCUUACACCAAGUGAAUAAAAUAGGACCUGGUUAAUGGUGACACCUUAGCACAUCACAAUUUUGAUAAGCCUUCCAUUCAUACGGUUGAUGCUUUCAUUUGAUGAUGGCACUGGUGCUGUAUUACCCAAAGUUUCACCUGGUGAGGCAGUUGCUGGCAGUACUGUCGCCUUCAUCAGUAAGACUCUGUCCCGAUCUCAGUUGAACUACCUUGCACACAGAUGAGAGAUUCUGGUGUGAAAACGGGCUAUUUGUAGCUAAUGCAGUCAUUGGCUGAAGGGCAGAUACUUCAUUGCUUGGACCAAUGACAACCCUCUGUCCUAUAUUCUGACAGAACCUUGCUUGGAGGCUUGUAAAUAAAGAUGGGGGGCUAAGCUUGAGGCAUAUGAUUUUGCUCUUAAGUUUGUCCCAGGAGUCAAGAAAGACCAUCAAUUGGCUGUGGGAUGGCCAAUCUGCCCAGUGCUAAUCUUCCCUCGCCACAGCUACCUAGUGAGGGUCCGUCCAUUGUUAUCCCUCAGAGCCCACUGUUGAAUCUUCAGGAACAAGGUACGAUAACUAGUGGGGUUCUGUUUCAUACGGGACAACAGAGAAAGGCUACCAGGUGGGAAGUAGCAUCUAGACCUGACUGUGCUAACAGGCUCAUGAGACACCGGAACAAGUGAAAGUUGCAGAGUGGGACUCUGCACAGAAUAAAGAAAGAGUACAGGCUGAAAAAGACAUUGCCUCCAGGGCAAUACUGGUUACCAAGCAUGAACUUGCUGUCUCUCUCUCUCUUUCAGAGAACGGUUCCCAUGGAUUGGUAUGGAAAAAGACAUUUUUAACCAUGUUCCCUGACGUGAGAAAUGUGUUGUGGGCCAGAGGCUUGUACCUGAAGCUUGUCCACCCUUUGAAAAUAUCCAGACAUCUGUGCUCAUGGAAGUGGUGCGCAUUGACUUUUGGACUGCUGAACUCAGUGACAAGAAAAUCAUUGAUGUCCUGGUCCUGAGUCUUUGUGUCCUUUUGCCAAUUGCCAAGCGAAUAUGGGAUAACUUCUUUUUAAUACAUGACUUUCUUGAGAGGAUCCAUUUGGACUAGGGGGCCAACUUUGAGAGAAACAUUAAACCGUGAACCUUGUUUUUUUGUUUGUGGUUGGAGAUGUAGUUUGAAUUGCUGAUGUGUGAAUUCUUAACAAUUUAGUGCUUAUGUUGUUUAGCUGAUGAUAUGUAUGUUUGAGUUAGAAUUGAAUUGCUCUGAAUGGCAUUGCUUGGUAAAUUUGUGAGGCCAGUAGUAGUGCUAACCGCUAACAGCUAAGCAGUGUCGGUGGUCGCUACGUUCAGCCAUGUUGAAUCCUCUUUUAUAGUUUCCUCGGGAAACAGACGCCAGACUGGUUUCUCAUCCUUCUGAACUUAAGUGGUUGUCUGCUUUUGUCAGAUAUUGCAGGUAUGUUGCAUUGAAUGUUUGAAAAGUGUGAACUGUUUGAAUCUUUUAUGCAUGUUUUAGAUUUGUUCCUUGUGCCAUGUUUUCACAGCUAGAUGGUGCUAUGAUGGAAAACAGCCUCAGGUUAGAGCUGAACUGGUUUGGUUUAAGAAAAUCAAGUAUUGAGGGAUUAUGUGUCUUCCCAAAUAAUCAUGUUUAUUGAUGGUAACUCAGUAUUGCAAAGUUAUGGGAAUGUUUCAUUUUUUAAUAUACACUCACUGGCCACUUUAUUAGGUACACCUGUUUAAUUACUUGUUGCCCCAAAAAGCUUAUCAGCUAAUCACAUGGCAGCAACUCAAUGUAUGGAGGCAUGUAGAUAUGGUCCAGAUGACUUGCUUAAGUUCAGACUGAGCCUUGGGGGGUUGAUCCCAGGUCUGUCCACACAGUAAUGAGUGUCUUUGGGUGAAACACUUCACCCCACCAGCACCUGCUGGCUGCAUCCAGUGGUGUGUGGAAACCCUGAGGAGGCUGCUCUUAACAUCCAUGUUACUGUUUUGUAGGAUACUCGUUGGUUGUGUUUGAUUUAUUACAUAUAUCCUCUGUGAAGCCAGUUUCAGUGUUUUGAGUAUACUCAAUGUAUCGCACACACCUAAUUGAAUUCAUCCACAUCACAUGACGCAGACAGUUAGGCAGUCAGGCUCUGAGAUGUGAGGGAAUGGGAGAGAAGGAUGAUGAUGUCAGACCAGAGGCAUUAUGGGUUCAGUGAAAUAGCCUCUGUGCAUCGUUUACUAAGUGUUCAUCGCAAAUGUGACAGGCCAUCAACACUGGCAUGUAGGCCUGUAAUGCACAUGAAGGUGUCCCUCGGUGCUCUCUGGAGUGUGAGCAUUUAAGUGCACGGAUAGACCAUCAUUCACUUGCAGCCCAUAAACAGAUUCAAAGCAACUAAGUCAUUACCAUUAUGCUUGUAAUGUACACAAUACUAAAUUCACUACAGCACUGCAACACUGUGUAGUAAACAAGAUCUUAAAACGUAGAUUAUGAAUCAAGUGAAGAAUAAGCUUCUGUUGCCUUUAAGUUUGCUGGUUUUGUGUUCAUGCUCUAUGCACCACAGUGACUUCAGAAUGAGCACGUAAUUGUGUGUGAUGAUAAGUGAGGAGGCCUUUUUUUUAUCCGAUAGCAUGGACAGAGAAGAGCUUUUAUCUCUGCUAGCCUUCACAAGAGCCUCUGCAGUUUCUCAGAACACUUACAAACACGGAUGCAGUCAGACUGUCCUAACUGAAUUUUCUAAUUGCCCUCCAGAGCGCCCCUCUCCAUUAGGCUUCAGGCCGGCUGGGAGGAGUGUCUUGGUUACUGAGCUUCCAGCGAACACACAUACACACUCACUGAUGGCCAUGCCUCAGAGAUACUCCCACCAGAGAAGGAAGGCUAACACAGCGGCUGCUAGACGGAUGGAAAGGAGAAGCCGGGACUGGAGGGAGAGCAGCAAUAAGAACAAGCCAACUGGCUGCGAAAACCACUGCUCCAAGAAGCUGGUCAUGCUAUCCAGGUACCAGGACCACCUACAACUAGAGCUGUGCAGGAGGCUGGAGGCUUGUUCAAUUAGUUUGCCUUUUGACUGAUAGACACAGCAUGAGCUAGAGCUGAUCUAUGCACUGCUAAAGAUAAGAUUUUACGGUAAAAGAAAUAUUUCAUUGUGAUAUGUUGAGCUUGAUGACACAAGUAAUGGAAUAUUUAGAUACCAGCUGAGGUGCAGGAUGACUAUUUAUUUCUUUUUGUGUCUGAAACCAAUCUGUCCAGGUCCCUGAUCCUUUGUCACUCAAAGACCAGUGACGAGUUUUCAGAAGAGAGGCAUGUCGAAGAAGUGUCAGCCCAAUCCAAGGCAUGGGGCUGGAGGGAAAAUGGUACUGUUGGAGACCAAAGUCUGUACAGAGAGACAGGAAACACACAGUGGAGGACAACUCAGCAAACAGGCCUGGAGAAGAGAGAGGGGAAUGGAGAAGGUAACCAGGUGCCUCACAGCAUCACACUGAAGGAGAGGAAAAAAAGCAGGAGGAGGUCCUUCAGUAUUAAGGUACAACAGCAGUGUUAAUCUAACGCAAAUGACUGUAAACUCAUCCAAACAUAUUCAGACUGUUCUGAUCUUUCCUUAAAACCCCAUGUCUGAGAAACUGAACAGAGAUGCAGAUCAUGUUUAGUGUACAGGGCCAGGGAUUAGACAGUGUUUGGAUCAGAACACAAUAAGAAGAGGAAGAGUCUUUUACAUUAUAUGUUUUCAAAAGGGUCAUAAUUACAAACCCGACUCCAGUGAAGUUUGGACGUUUCUGUGAAACAUGAAUAAUAACAGAAAACAAUGAUCUUCAAAUCCUAAAUUCACCUGAAUACUCUACAAAUAUAUUUACUGUACAAACUGAUUAACUUGUUUUCUGUAAAGAUUUCCUCAUUUUGAAAUUAAUGCUGUAACAGGUUCCUAAAAAGUUGGUUCAGGAUCAACAAAUGAAAGUUUUAAUUACUAUUAUAUAUUUUUUAUUUUUAGUGUGACUUUUUACCUUACUUAUUAAUAAAUUCUAGUUUAUAUUUUAUUGUCUGUUUUAGUCUAUUUUAAUAACUUUUAUUUUAUUUUAUUUUUAUUUUUAUUGUCCUGAUGUAAAGCACUUUUAGCUGCAAUUUUAUUUGUAUGAACAGUGCUAUAUAAAUAAACUUUGAUUGAUUGAUUGAUUGAUUGAACUGAGGAUCGCUCCAAAACCACCUGUUUGGAUCAUUUCACAGGUGAAAAGGUUUAUUAGAAACAGGUAAGGGGCCAUGAUUGGGUCUAAAUGCCUUAGGCAUUACUGCAUUAAAAACCCUCAUCAUUCUGUAAAGGAUUUUACCACGUUGGUUCAGGAGGACUUACGAAAACCCUUGUCAGUGAACACACUGGGUCUCUACAUCUACAAAUUCAAUCUUUACCAUGCAAAGACAACAGCCAGAAACACCACCAGCCUCUCUGGACCAGAGCUCAUCUGAGAUGGACUGACCCAAAGCUGAAAAUCUGCUGAGGUCUGACGAGUCCACAUUUCACAUAGUUUGUGGAAAUAAUGGACCUGGUGAGGAAAAGGACCAUCCGGACUGUUCUCAGGUCAAAGGUCAAAGGUCAAAGGUCAAAGCCAGCAUCUAUGAUGGUCUGGAGGUGUGUUAGUGUCCAUGGCUAACUGUCUCAUCUGUGAAGGCUCCAUUAAUACUUAAAGGUAGAUACAGGUUUAGGAGCAACAUCUGCUGCCAUCAGAGCCCCGUCUUUUCAGGGACGUCCCUGAUUAUUUAGCAAGACAAUGCUGAGACACAUUCUACAGGAGUUACAACAGCAUGGCUUCAGAGUAAAAGAGUCCAGGUACUAGACUGGAGCCUGCAGUCCAGACCUAUCCAUCAUUGAAACUGUGUGAAGCAUUAUGAAGCCCAAAAUACCACAACAGAGACCCCAGACUGUAGAUCAGCUGAAAUGGUCCAUCAAUCAAGACUAUGAAUGAAUGGACCUCCAAAGCUUAAACAGUUAGUGUCCUCAGAUCACAAAGACAUACUGAGUGUUGUUAAAGGAAAGUUGGUGUAAUGCAGAGAGAAACAUGACCCUGAACCUGCUUUCUAGGAGCGUGUUAAAGCAUCAAACUUAAAAGGAGUGAAUAUUUACAAAAAUCAAGUUAUCAGUUUGAACACAAAAUAUCUUUGGUGAGUAUUCAGGUGAAUUUUGGUGGAAAAGUAUUUGAAGAUCGUUGUUUCAUGUUUUUAUUCACGUUUUACACAAACGUCCAAACUUCAUUGGAGUUGGAGUUUGUAAAAUUUGAGAAAAAAAAAAAAAAGUCAAAACUCAUUCGUGUGAAUAAGUGAAUGUUCAGUGUUGAGAAAACAAGUAAAAAAUAAAGACACCUGCAAGAAUAAAAGGUACUCUGUCUUUGAGUAUUUUUUUGUUAUCUGAUGUCCAUUUGAGAGACAGAGAGAUGGUGAAGAUGAUCAUUUCAGUGACAAAACAUGACAGAAAAAUAGAGCUCUCUAAAGGUUUUUGAUUAAGCCAUGAAGCUGCUGUGUUAUCAUCAAUCAUUUGUUGGUCACUGAUGUGUCGUAUAAGGAUAUGAUUUGAACAUCCUGUUACAAAUAUUAACAGUAUAUAUAUCACACACAGAGUCUAUGCCCAGUUUUCGUCUCUAGAAUAGGGACUGCUUUUCCUCAGCUUAUAGAAAUGAGCUGAAUCUCAAGAGUGUUAAAAAUUAAAGCCAAACAAGUCAAAUUAUGGAAACUUUUGUAAACAGGUGGUGUAGCCUUGAUGGUUUUGACUGAGCUAGUUUAAAGCUUAUCAAUGAUGACUGUGCACAUGUUGUAUUUGUUUGGAUAAAGUAUUGGCUAUGACAAGUUAAGCAACACAAAGAGCAACAAGUGUUUUACCUGAGGUUUUUACUCGUCAGUGAAAAAGUAUGAUAAGUAAUAAUACAAAAUAAUAAAAACAACAAUAAUAAUGAUAAUAACUACACCUCAGGCUCUGUUGCCAUUUUAUAAUUCUGCUUGAUCAGCUUUCUUUAUUUGCUAAAUAGUCAGAAUUGACUGUUUUUGAUCACAGUUUGGUUGAUCAUUUAACAGACCUGUGCUGUCAGUAUGAGAAGGCUUAACCGCAUUCAUUUUGCAGUAACAACAUGUUCAGAAUAUUCAAGAUUCAAACUGUGUCUGAAUUUAUGGCUCUUGCAGUCCCUUGGUAAAUGAUGCUUCACCACUCUUUACAUGUUUUGCCAAAGGUUAAGAUUUUUCAGCAAUCACUGAAAUUAUAUUUAGCAGUUUACUUUCCUGGCAGUGAGCAACCAGUGAGAUAUUCAGGUGUGGUAGAUGAUGCCUUUACAUGCUGACGUUAUACUCCAUGUUCUUUGCCUGAGAGUAAUGAUAAACACAUGCCACCUCUGUGUUGGAGUGAAACUAGUGGCAAAAAUUCAGACAAAGAGGGUUUGUUCCGUUUUUGUGGCACAUUCGCAUUAAACAUGGCUGGACUGUCAGCCACUCAUCCUCCCACUUACUUUAUGAGGUGUUUUAAAUCAAACUGUUACCAUGCUCACUGAUGACUUGAUAUUGGAGUUGAGGUUUAAGUAAAUGACUUUGCCUCACAUGAAAAGUGAAUGUUUCUAAACUAGCUUAUGGACUCUUCACAGCAGGUCUACAUGUACACAGAAUAGAGUUUAGGUAAGGUUAGAGUUAGGGUUAGGUCUUUAAUAUUAGUCUUUAAUAUUACAUCCAUUCUGUAUUCAUGAGUUGUUUUCAAAUACAUGCAGUAACAUACACACAAUCAUUAUUUUUGUUCAACAGUAAUGGUUUUCUUUCAAACCUGUUUGGAGAGAAAAACGGACAAAAAGGAAACUUAAGUACUUUUUAUUUUUUUGUUUUUCACAAAUUGCAGACACAGUGUCUCUAUCACAUCUCCCUCAGAGCCUCUAAAAACACAUGACACACUUUGUCAUUUUUGGUCAAUUCAAACGGCUUUGUUAUUCCUCCUUGAAUAAAGGGUUCCUUGGUCUACGUAAAUCAGUAAAUGUGUAAGAAUAUACAUUGUGUAUAUGUGUGUGUGUGUGUCACUGUAGGAGAGCAGUAUCUGGAGGAUGUGUGUCGCCACAGGCCCUGCUGAGGAGGUGUGUGGACCACAACUGGCUGACAACGGUAUUCAGACAGAGUACAGGGACACUAACAGGGAGCUGGGAAGGAAUGGAGCAAACCUACACAGGUAUGAAAACACAACAGUGAACAUAACUCUGUUUACUUUUUCAGCAGGAAAUACUGUAAAAUGAUCUCUGUGUAGUUUUUGGUCAGGUACCUUUUCUCAUGCUUCGACUGAAUCUACUGAUCUACAGUCUUUUACCAGUAUAAUCAUGAUAAAUAGGGCUGCCAAACUGUAGUGUUAAAUCAUUAGAGUAUUUUGUAUUUUGAAUCAUUGUUUUCUCCACAAUAACAAUGUAAGGCAUUUUUAACAGUGUCUUGGUUUGAGAAUUUUAUGAAUAUAAUGAAACUUAUUUAAUGAUGAUGAUCUUAAUGUUUUGAUGUAAGGCUUAAAUAAAAGCUGCAGUGCUACAACAGUGAGGUCUGAAACCAUGACCUUAAGGAGGGACACUGAUUUCAAGUGCGUGUUCAGUCAAAUACUCAUUAAGAUAAACACAGGAGUGUACAAAAUGUCGGUUUCAGUCAGUCUGAUAAAACUAUUCUGAGUGACAGUAGGACAUCAUUAAAGUGCCCUGUUAUUUUUUUCUGGUUUAUGUUUUCUAUUUUGUCAUGUUUUUCUGCCCUUUGGUCAAGUGGGUUUAUUGAAUAUCUUGUGACGUCUUCAUGAAGGACUACAGGUAAAGAUUUCAGGUCUGCUAAAUCUGGUGCAACCAUUUCUUCGCUUUUAUUUGUGGGAUAAUAAAUGUCAUUGUACAUUGCACACUGUCAAUGUUAAAUUAAACUACAUUUGACUGAAUUAUUAUUGAAAUUAAACAAAACAAGCUCAAAUAAACCAAACCAAACUAAACUAAACUUAACUAAACAAAAGUCUCUUCAGUGGAGAGAGUUGAAACACUUAGAUCAAACCAACCAAUGUCCAUUGUUGUUUAUUGGCUCAGACAGCGUUAAUCCUGUUGGCUUUUAUUUGUGAUCAGAAACAAAAUCUCUUGGACUUUAACCACUCUUGACUAGUUCUGACAUGAUCCAGGCUCUUCUAAAUCCAAAAAGCGGUAAUGUCAUCUAUAACCAAAUGAUCGAUUCAGUUGUCCAUCCGUCCCUGUAUGUUUCGUUUCCUCAGAGGCUGCAGCUUCCUGAGUCCAGACGAGCUGGCUCCCUUUAACAGACAGUUUCUAAAUGGACGCGCUUUGGUGGUUGGAGAGCGACUGAGGAGCAUUCACAUUAAAGCAAACUGUGAGGUAGUCAUCUUUUCUAUUUAUUCUUAAAACAUUUUAAAUAGAUUUACCUUUAAACUGUGUCUUCUAACACUUUCAUCUUAAAACUUAACCUUAUUUUUAAACAUCUUUGUCUUACCUUUUCGUAUAUGUUUUGGGUCUCAAAUUUCUUUUUUCAAAAACAGUUUUAACAUCAUUUGUCUUUUAAAGGAUUUUAUCACACUCAGCAUGACAUUAUCUGUCAGCUACACUUCAACUCUUCUGUCUGUCAAAGAGCAUGGCUAACUUUAGUAUUCAGCCACUUCCUGGUUAACAAGUUCCGUGGAAAAAUAAGACAUGGUGGAGAAGGAGAAAAGGUCUAAUGUUUAUGUUGGUGUUUAUGUUCUGUUUCUCUGUCAUGUUAGCUAGCAAACAUUAGGGGCUGUACAAGCAAAUGUCAUGUUUAUGUUUAUUUAAGAGGCGACACUAUUAACUGAGAACGUUGAGUCUAUUUCCCAAGAAAACCCUCCCAAACAUUUCACUGACAAAGUUUCUGCAAAACAGGGUCAUUCUGUAGACCUCUACACUGGUGGUCUUACCCUCAUCGUCGGGGUAAAUAGCAGAGUGAGGAAUCUUACUUUUCAAACAAAUCCAUAAAUACCAUAUUUUAAUAAAUUCACAUCAGUGCUUACUAGGCAAGCAGAAAGAAGUAUAAAGGACUUUAUGUGGGUCUGAAAGAUGGCUGUACUAGGACCAUUUCUUCUGUAAACAACAUACUGUACAUGAAUAACUGUUAGUGUGCGUAAACAGAUUCUAAUGAACAAGCGUAAUUCCUCAUCCCAGAUACUGUACAUACUCUGUAAGGCGAGACAAUAACUGUUUCUGGAGUGGGCAUGGCAUUUUUCUCAUGCCUCAGUCCCAUUUCAUCCAGACCUCCCACACAAUGUAAAAGACAAGGCUUUAUAAGAUCCCACAGAAAUGGUUACACAAACAGGCUGUUUUCUCUGUGUCUGUGCUCUUAGUUAGACAGCCUCUUAACCCUUUGUUCAAACUUUAGACACUUCCUCUGGACUUGAGUUUUGGUGUGUCGAGUACACAGGACCAUCCUUUUUACAUACUACCUUUGUGGACACCCUCCUGCGCAUUGAGGCUAAAGCUAAAUUUAACAUGCAGUAUUUUUAUUCUUCCCAGGUAGUCAUAAAAGCCACACGUGAGCUGUGUUUUUCAGGCUCAGGAUUUACUAUUUUGGUGUUGCUGAGGUCCUUAUCCAGUCUGCACAGUUACACCUCAUUAUCCUGCUGAGGGUUUGUGAGUCACUGUAAAGGCUGUGGAAACUCUAAAGAAAUGGAAAAGACAGGGACUUGUUGAAAGUGUGUCUAACCUGUAAAAAACAGACCUGGCAAGGCCAUCUUCUAUUAAUGCCAAUCGGCUCCAUUCAGCAAUAAAAUCAUCAUUUUUACAUACAACACGAAUCGGCCCUGACACUUGACCUAAGACUUGACUUGAGUAUUUGAUACAACUUAUAUAAUGCUUUUGAUAUCACAUCUUUUUUUUAAAAACAGAAAAGAACCAGACUCAUGUUAGACAGUUAUCUGCUGAGACUGAGCUGGGAUAGCAAUCAGUCACUAUAGCUCAGUCCAGUACAGCAUAGAGUAUAGUAUGGCUUAUGUCAGGAUUACGUAACAGAUGUAGCUGAAGGCAAAAACAAGGGAAAAUAGAGGAAAGUGCUGACCCCUUUUUCUGACUAUAUAAGACAGAAACAGCUCAUUUGUUAAUGCUGGUUGUGGUGCUGACUUUGAGUACACAGCUCUUACUGUUUACUGAUACUCUAAGGGUCUAUACUACUAGUGCUGGGCGAUAUGGAAAAAAAUGUAUAUCACGAUAUGGAUCAUUUUAUAUCACGAUAACGAUAUAUAUCACGAUAUAGCUAUGGUAUGCUUUCAGUUCUAUGAAAAAUGUAAGUGUAUACAGCUGCACUAGUACCUGUACAAGACCAGCACUUAAAACUAGAAAAAUGAAUAAAUAAAUACGUGGCUGAAGUGCGCUCAUGUCUGUGCUCACCCAAAGUUAUGCAACACUCACAGAAAACGCUGAGUGUGAGCCAAAGCACUCCAUAAUAAUAAUAAUAAUAAUAAUAAUAAUAAUAAUAAUAAUAAUAAUAAUAAAUUUAAUUUGUAAUGCACUUUACAUUUACAAAAAAUCUCAAAGUGCUACAGUACACAGUAAAAAAAGAGCAGCAACAAUAAAAAAAAGCAAUAGAAUGACAGUCACAGAUUGGCAUAAAAAAAAAGAAUUAAAAAAAUAAAAAAUAUAGAGUUGCAAUGUAAGAGGCAAGGUAGUAAAAGCAUAGAGGAAAACUAACCAAAGACUUUAUUAAAAAGGUAGGUCUUUAGGGCUCUUUUGAAGAGGUUGUUCACACUGCUAGAUGUUUCUCCUCCAAAGCUGCUCUAUGCCUCCAUCAUUGUUUACUUUACUCUUGAAGCACGUGGGAAGACCCGAGCAUGAAUCCGAGCGCUUUAUUCGCCUAUCAGGAGCAAACAGGUAAGGUGAUUUGAUUCGCCACGACUCCAGAAAUGAUUGAAAAACUACAGAAUGUCACAAAAUUACGUUUCCUCGCUGCUGGCUUGAAGGGUAGAAAUGCGCAGCCGCGCUCCCAGCUGACAGGAAGUCAAACCACUGUUGUAGUUCUUUUGUGUUGCUAGCGCGGUCAAGAGUGUUAGCUCUCACUGAGAGAUGACUACAAAAAUGGACGCACCUGUUCAUCUGGUUGUUAAACACGGCUGAAAAUGAUCAUCUAUUAAUGUUCCCGCUCCUGCCCACUCCCGUUGCUUUUUUUCCCGUCCUGUCCCGAUCAAGGGAUUAAUUAAAAAAUGACUCCCAUCCCGCGGGAAUCACGUGACCCACGGGGAAUCCCCGAAAAAUGUCAUCCUCUACAGGGAAGGUCCCGGAGCACAUAAAACAGGUGCCGGAGCGGCUGAAAUAGGUCCCGGAUCCGAUCAAAAGAGGUCCCGGAUCGCGCUCCGACUCGCUCCGGCACAAAUUAAGCACUGCUUACAAUGAUCCCCUCACGUGUGUAACCCAGGUAACCCGCAACGGCGGGAGACGCUGGACACAAAGAGGGCACGUAAAGCGGUGUCAUGUCGCAAAAUCGAAAGAGAAAUGCGAGCCUACAUGUCAACGCAUCCUUUUCUUUGUAAGGAAAUAUUGUUUUCUUUCCCGUUUGACACCAAAUACACUUACUGAAUGUGCAAUUAUUGUUGUUGUUACUAUGAAUCAUCUGAUGGCACAAGCCCUAUGGAUAAAAUACAGCCUAUCGCCCGAAACGAUAAAAAUAAAAAUGGCACGAUAGACAUUUUCUAUCGUGCCCACGAUAUCUAUCGUCCAAUCGCCCAGCACUAUAUACUACCAUAUACUAAACUUAGCUACACUAUAAACUACAGUACACUACACUAACCCUAACCUAAACUAUACUUCACCAUCUUUUUUAAACUAUACAACUCUACUAUAUUAUACUAAACUGUACAACCUUCCCAAAAGAAUCAAUAAAAUUAUAUCUCUUCUAAUCUAAUAUAAUCUAAUCAACCACUAUAAUUUAUGGGAUAAAUUUAUGAUAUUUUUAUUCAACCAACCAAAAUAUAGAAAAUGUAACUAACCGAUUAAAUCGGCCAAUUUUAGCCCGUUUGAGACGAAUCGGUAAUCAGUAAAUGAACAAAAUUUUUCUUCAACUUCAUCAAAAAUUUAAAAAAUCGUCCAGUUAUUCGGUAAUCCCUCCCCCUAGUACUCAGUAUCGGCCCCAAAAAAUCCAUAUCAGUUGGGCCCUAAUUUGAAUCAUAUUGCUUUACUUGACUUUUUUAAAUUGAGAGUUGAAUAUGAAAUAAUGUUAAACAACAUUAUGUAUACAGGUCUAUAUCCACGAGUGAGACUAACCCAGAGUUACACUGUGAUGAUUGUGUGUUCCCUUUCUUUUUGAAGCAGUGACUAUAUCACAACUCUAUACUAAUCUGCUCUGUUAUACUAUACUAUACUAUACUAUACGUUACUAUAUUAUACUAUACUAUACUAUACUAUACUAUACUAUACUAUACCACUAAUAAUAACUCACUUUCCAUAGGACAUGUCAACCUGCGAGGACAAUCUUUAUUUGAAUAACCUGACUUCAAGUGCACAGCUCCCUACUACCAUUUCUCCAUCUGGUCCUCUUGUGUUGUCUGAAUACACUAAUGAGGAACUCAUGGCCAACAACAACCACCUGAAGGUAAACUCAUAGAAGUACAUUGUUCUGUGACCUGUCCUAAUCAAUGAAACCAUGUUGUGAAUGUAAGGUUUCCUUUUUUAUUUUACACAGUAAUCUACACAUGUUGUCUUUGUGUGAUUUUUGUGCACAGUUACCAAUCCCAGAGGUGAACGAGGACAGAUGCUUGGAAACCAAAGAGACUGAGCAGCGCCCAUCAGGAGAGAUGGCUAGUGAUGGAACAUGUUCCAGUUCAACCAGUGCGUAUCCGAUACUUUUCAUUGUAGCCAGAGCUGUGGCUCAGUGGUAGAGUCAUUGGUCUUCUUAUCGAAAGGUCAAGGGUUCGGUACCGGUCUCUUUGCCAAUGUGUCCUUGGGCAAGACAUUGCCUCAUUACUCUUUAAAGAAAAAAAAAAUAUUUCAACAUAAUUUUCUUGCAACCAAAAGAGAAAGCACCAAGUGAUUGAUAGACCAGGGUUUGGGAUGUAAUUUUACUAAAUGACCCUUUAAACUUGGCAUUUGACCCGCUGUUCUCAGAGAGAGUCAUGAGCCAUUCACUCCACUGUGUUUCCAUUUGAAGUAAAUAGGUAAGAUGUGUUUCUGUGUCAACCAAAGCUUUUAGAGUAGUGAGUGGAGAGAGAGAGAGAGAGAGAGAGAGAGAGAGGAUGGAGGGGAAAUAGUCUCCAGAGAGGUGAGGGGUCAGUGAUUGAUAUCUUCUCAGACACAGGAAGCCAAGCUGCUUAUGGGAAAUGUGGUCUUAAUUGAGUGAAGGGGUUGUGCUUACGGUGUCGACUAAGUGAGGCUGAAUUAAAAAAAAAGAAACUGAAAAACAACUUUAGAUUGCACUUUGCCGUUGAAUUGUUAAGUAUAAGUAGUGUUGCACUCUUCUAGCUCUGCAUGGGUGGAAAUAUAGCUUUGCCUUACCUUAUGGUGCCCUUCAGACCAUCGGCCCAGUUAGGUCCAGUUCAGGCUGGUACAGUAAACCCUGAUUGCACUUCCACAGCCGCAUUAGCUCCACCCUACAGGUUAGAGGGGAUUGGUAGCCAACAGAGAGGUGUCAGUAAAGUAAGACUGGUUAUUUUGCUAUCUUUAACAUUUUUUUACAGGGUGGAUACAUGCAGAUAUCUUUUUCAACUUUAUGAAGGAUCUGUGAUAUCUAAACAAGUGCAGCCCAGGUGGAAACAGUUUUUUAGGAAGCCCACUUCCAGUUCUUUCAGAUUCUAUUUAAAAUAGCACCUUAAACAUUUUAGUGGAACAGAAAUUUUCCAGAAAAAUUUGACACAGUGAUUUGUGGCAUUUAUGCUGUUUAUUAAUCAUGUUUUAUUUUCCCAUGCUAUUUGCACUAGGGGUGGGAACAUGGACUAUAUAUACUAUACUUGGUUCCGCCUUCCGCCAGUUUACAGAUUUGGAGCCGAAAAGCUCUCAGUAUUUCCGUGUUUUUUCUCCACUUCCUGAAACCAACACUGCGCAGUAGCGUUGUACACAUUCAGUGGGAGAGUUGCCGAGAGUCGCUGUGAUGAUGCUCGGCUCAAACAGCGUAUCCCCCUGGUGAGCAACACAAUCUUUGUACACCCAUAGGCUGUAUUAAGGGUCAAUCCUAGAAAACAUGAACCCCUUAAUAACUUUUAAAAAUGGAGCUGUACAGAAAAAAGGACUUGUGCAUGAACCAGUCUUACAAUAACUACAUGUCAACAUCACAACCAGGGGGGGAAAAAAAUAAUAUUCUGUGUAAUAAAUUACGUAAGUUUGUCCACAGCUCCAUAAGGAUUGCUGGAGGAGGCAAGAUGUAUGACCUAUACUGCAGCCUGUCACCAGAGGGUGCUGUUCCCACUGUGUCUUCACAUAGUGAGGGGGCAGACGGCAUCCAUUCUAUAUCCAGCCUAUGGGUGGGAAUCACUAGUGGCUCCACAACACAAUGUUAUCAUGAUAUUUGGGCCACAAUACGAUACUAUUGCGAUUUGUAACACUUUGCAAUACAGUGAGGAUUGCGAUACAAUAUAUUAUUUUGCAAUUUUGCAAAUAUCAUGCAAUUUUUUCAACUGUUUAGCUAACUUUCUCCUGCUCUAUGAUGUCACCUCUGCCAACCUCACUGGACAAAUAGUUGAUUUUAUUUUUUUUCAUUAUCAUAGAUUUGACUGAACAUUAGCAAUCAAUGUGAAAAAUCAAUACUUGGUAAAUGAGACAAUAUGAUAUAUCACCAGACAAAAUAUCGCUGUACUAUGCUGUAUUGAUUUUUUUCUCCCAUACCUAAUUUGCACAUGCCUAUAUCACAAACUAUACAACAGAAACAGUUGAUCUAAUUCAACAUACAUUUAAUGUACAACUCACUUUUAUUUUCAGGAGAAACCCACAGAAUUUACCUCAUAGCUACUGAGAAGUGAGGAAGAAGUACAAACUGGUGUCUAGUGAGCAGAAAUGUCUGCAGUGUGUCUUCUUUCUGUCCAUUUUCACUGUUCUUACAACAGAAAGGUCAGCACAAGAAACAGAGCUUUUUAUAGAUGUCCUCAGGAGAAAAUUGGUGCUGCACACCUCUGUGUAGUUCACUGUUUACUUGAAAGCCUGAGUUAGGUGUUAAAAUCUUGUUAUGAUAUAUUGAAACAAUACCAGAAGUAAAAUAAAUGUGAGAUCCGCAAACUUGAAUAAGUUCCUUGUUAGUGUCUGAUGACCCUGCAUGUUUACGUAAAUCCACUUUCUUGGGGGUAAUUCCUCCACUGAGGCUUUCAGGCGGCUGAUUUAAACCUAAUAUUUUUACGAUAUCUUGUGUAUUCAGGUGUUCGUCCUUACUGGAUUGGAGAUCUGGACAGGAUCAUCAUGAAGACCCCAGAGCUUCUUACCAGUCACCCUCAUAUGAAUGCUGGUUUGUGUGGAAACAGGAAGUCUCUGUCUCAGCUGCUGGAGUGUACUCACACACCUACACAGGUAUUUGACUAUAUCAUAUAUAUACAAUAUACAUAUACUACUAUCAGACUAUAAACACAAUACAGCGAUUGACUAUUCAAGUCCAGUCCAUGUGGUAUAGUUUGAUGAAUGCCUGUUCAUAGGUUCUUGUUUCAGCAUGUGUGUCAGUUUGUGUAUCACAAAGUUAAGAAAGUCCUUCACUUUGUGCCCUGCUAUUUACCUCACUCUCAAAAGUACUGCUUGUUCCAGAAGCUAAUUAAAGUACUUGGUUUUUGAAAUGUUCCUGCAAAGCUCUUAUGAUAUAUAUGCUUUUUUUCCCUUUUAAAUUGAAAGAGAUAAAGCAUCUGUGCACAAUAAAUAUGCACGAGUCAGUCUCGCCAGUUUGCAACUUAGGUGUAAGAGUCGACAGAAAAUAAAAAAACAUAAAUCCUAAAGAUCUAGACAGAAAUCAUACAAAAAAAAACUUUUUUAUGAAAACUUAUUUCUCUGUCCAGAGGGAGCUGAUGAUUUCCUCGUAGGACAGCUUGUUCUGGAUUUCAGGACUGACUGAUGUUUAAAAAGUAAAACAUGCCAAAUAUUAAUUUUUGAUCAUGAAAGCAACAUGUGUAUGUGUGCGUGUGUGUGUGUGUUUGUUUGGUUCAUCUCCAGCCUUUGCAGGGAUCUUCCCGCUCCCUCAGCUCUGUCCAGUUGGUCCACUCCUGCAGCAACGUGCAGGCCUUUGUUAUCUGUAACAUUGUGCUGAUGAAGGGUCAGGGCAAGGUAGGAACAUCACACCAGAACUUCAAGCAGCACAGAACCUCUACUCCUGAAUUGAACUCUUCACAUCCAGGUCUGCCAUGACUCUUUUCUGUUUCUCCUGGAGAUUCUUAACACUUCCUUAAUUAAUGCCCUUACCCAUGGUGCAUUAAUUAAGUGUCACUUUUGCAAACUUAUCAAAAGUCAGUCAUGUGUGAGUCCUCCCGCUAUGGUCUGACAUGUUUUAUGGUCAUGUGCAUCAGUAAAAAACUGAUGUGGUUUGAUAAUAGGCCCAGACUUCUUAUUCAUUCCUCAUCAGCUUGUAUUUUAGGUAAACUUCAGAGUAACAGCUCAGUGACUAACUUUGAAAGUCCUCUCUGAUUGUGAUAUUUCAUCUCAAGAUGUGAAUCCAUGAUGAUGGUGUUAAUAUUAUGAACUCUUUCUGUGCCUAGGGUCUUGGUUUCAGUAUUGUUGGAGGUAAUGACAGCAUUUAUGGACCAAUGGGGAUCUACGUCAAAACUAUUUUUCCUGGAGGGGCAGCAGCUGCUGAUGGAAGACUGCAAGAAGGUGAGUGACAGCGAAUGGUCCAUUUAUAUGAGGAAAAUAGAGGAUUAACUUACAGUGUGAGACCACCUGAGCUGGAGGAUAAAACUUGUCUGUGACACUGAGACAGGAAUUAAAAGAAAAAACUCAGCUGGAGUAAAGAAAGUGGAGAGGUCCAAUUAUCUGAUAAGUUAUUUAAACUCAACAGAUCCUUAUAGUGUGGUCAACCUCUGCUAUGGUCUAUGUAAACAGACUGGCUGACCUGAAGGAAACCCUCCUCUGUCGCCUCUCUCUACAAUGAAGCGAGUAGAUGAUUUUAUUUUAGCUUGGUGUGAUCAUAUCAGAGUUCCUGUUUGGUAAAGGUUAGGGGAGCAGGAAACCAAACAAAAACACAAAAAGAAUGAGGUAGAAAUGCCCUGCUGCGGCAUCAUUUUGGUAUCUGUAUUUUAUAUCAAAUGAUUUUUUCUUGACUGGCCCCUCAGACAUUCGAAACGCCCCAACUCAGACCACAUUCAAGAUACAGACAUAGAUAUUGAAUAUAGAUGUCAAUGGAUUUUAAUUUUGUUCUUUUUAAUUUAUUACUCCACUUUGUAAAGCAACCAUGGUUUCUUUGAAAGACGCUACAUAAAUUCAAUUUAUUAUUGUUGUUACAUUGAGUAGAUACAAUAUAAUACUCCAACAAAUGAUAUUUGAAAUUCAGAACAGUCAGUAAAGACCUGUUAAUGUAUUUGGGUCUGUGGUCUCUGUUUGCAUAGGUGAUGAGAUCCUGGAGCUGAAUGGAGAGUCACUUCAUGGUCUGUCUCAUGAUGAAGCCCUGCACAAGUUUAAAGUAUGACAACCACUUCUUUCAUUUUCACUGCAUUAUUCCUAACACCAACAGUCACAAAGCAGGCAUAACUGUAACUGAUUUAAAAAAUGAAAAAUAACACAUUUGUUAAGGUUCAAAAAUGAAUUUACUAGAGAUGUCUGCUAUGGAGUGUUCAGUUACGACCAAUGAAUAGAGAGGCACAAAUAAACUGGUGCAUAGAAAAGGCAUUGUGGACUGAAUUUUUAUGUCAGUUAAGCAAAGUACUGAUUAUGGGACUGAAGUGAGACCUCAGCGAGUUAAAAUGUGCAAAAGUCUAUAAGUAUCUAUCAGUCUCUGUAAGUUGCUAUAAGUCCCCUUAAGUCUAUGCAAUUCUUUGUAAAUCUCAGUUAGUCUUGUUCAGUCUCUUUAAGUAUCUGUUGGGCAGAUUUAGAACCAUUUCCUGUUUUGCAUGUCACAGUGACCUUCAAUCAAACAUUUUUUUAAAGCUUGAGAUAAACGGUAUCUGCCAUAGUCCUGUGUUCCCUCUGGCUGCCACUUGGUGAUAAAAGUGAAUGUAUUUCACACAUAGAGGUUACUGUUUUGAUCAUUUGGGGUCUUGGUGGCCUGGCUGAAGACCUAGGGACAGAACACACCACCAACACCACCCCUACUAAGUUUUUCCAUUGUUGUCGUCUGUGCAGUCCUGCACUUGUUUCCUUUUAGUUCUGCAGGUUUCCUCAUUUAUAGAUAAAGUUGAACUCAUCUGUCACUAUUUAUUUUGAGUCCAAGUAGCCUGAAACACGGCAUUGAUUUUGUUAUUCAUUUAUUUCUUUUUCAGCAAAUCAAAAAGGGUCUGCUGACUCUAGCGGUGAGGACCAGCUUGCGUGGGGGGACCCUGUGCGGGCAGGCACAGCUCGCUCAUCUGUCCAGGUCCCGCUCUCUUACCUCCACUACUGGCACAGCAAGAGUGAGUUCUGACAUGGGGGACUACAGCUAUCUGAACAACAGCUGCAGUAACACUCAGAGUGAGGGGCAACUCACUAAACCGAGGGACCAAAUCAUGAUGGAGAUCAUCCUGCAGAAAGGUACGCCUUAGAGCAGAAGACUGAAUUUUUAAAAUCAAUUUUCCAAAUGUUAAAAUAGAAACGUCUUUUGUUUUAUCACAUGAAAAACUAAAAUGUUCCUACUGAAUUUUCACUACAAUCUUUCAUAUGUUUCUUCUGGUUUUAAAUAUAAAUCGUCUUUUUUUUUUCACACACUUCUGUCUUUCAAAGUCUGCCCAAGUUUAUAUUACUAUUGGUCUGUCCUUUAUAGUCCUUCUGUAAAAGCUAAAUCCAAACCAAAGUUAAAAUUGAAUUAGAUGUUUUCGUAUGUUGCUGAAAACAUCAAUCCAUGUAUAACACGCAGAGGCUGGAGUCGGUCUUGGCAUUGGACUGUGCUGUGUUCCAUCUGGUGAUGGAUGUCCUGGGAUCUAUAUCCAUAACGUCUCUCCUGGAUCUGUAGCACACAUGGAUGGUAGACUCAGGUAAGAAGAAUAACCACAGGUAUAAGAACAGGGUUGGCUAGACCACAUAGAUAUCCACUGUUUGAAAAUUUGAUAGGAACUUGAAUGUGUCUGUUUAAACGAGUGAAAAAUCAUCAUAAUAGACAAUAAGUAAAUAGACAAGAGUAAAUAGUCGAUAUUCACAAAAGUGGGUCACCGUUCAGACACAGUGUGGGGUGAUUCAGGAGACGAAGCAAAUCUGUUGGCUCUCAUCUCUUUAGAGAACUUUUACAUAACUUUCCCUCCAUUCUUCAGGUGUGGGGAUGAGAUUAUGGAAAUCAACGGCACUGUGGUUUACAACAUGACACUAAAUGAUGUCUACACAGUCCUGAGCCAGUGCACGCCGGGUCAAGUCCACAUCAUCAUCAGUCGACAUCCCAACCCAAAAGUAGGUAUGAACUGUGGCUUGACGAGUCACAUGAAAGUGCAGCUUCAGUGUCGGCUCCAACUGUUCUCCUCUUAUUGUAGAAUGACACAACUCAUUUUCCACUUUAUUUAUACACCAUAUUAAAGUACCUUGUGUUUUUUUAUUGAUUGUAAAGACUGAGCUUAAAUAACAAACCCUGUGUCUGUGUGAUGUUGUUGAGCAUCUGGUGCUUAAAAUCCUGUCACACUGAGAUGCAAAAACAUAGAAAUUCUCAUUAUGUCAGUGCAAAAUUUCAGUUGACUUGUACAUUAUAGAAAGAAAAGACUCAUCAAUGCCCUGCUGCACAGCGGCUAGGGAACAUAUUUAAGUGCUGCUGUUUUCCAAAUGAUGUGUGCACUCACGCUGACAGCAGCUUUGGGGUCAGAGUUUGUUCAAAUAAGUUAAGCUGACCCAGUUUACAUUUUCCUUUGUUGUCCUUUCUAAAUGAUCACCAGUGUGUUUAUCAUCCUAACCUCGACUCUCUGUGUGUCACAGGUCUCAGAGCAGCUGCUAAAUGAUGCCAUAACUAAGGCGGUGGAAAACAGCAAACUGAGAAAGGAUCGGAGCCAGUGGAGUGUUGAUGGUGAAAUAUUCAUUUGUCCAGCACUAACUGACUGCAGAUACACACUCCUGUUCAGGGUCAUGGUUUAGCCAGCACCUCUGUACCUUUCUGAUGAAGCAGAUUUUUUUUACUAAUUCAGUAAAUUUGAACAUUUCUUUGCAUUAUUUCAAUCAGCUCCUGCCUUAAUUCAAAUGUUCAAAUCUUCUCAUCGACUAAGUACCUAAUUCACAAAGAGAUGUGCAACUUUUGGACUUGUACAAAUGAGACAAAAAGACCUUUUCUAUUUACAAAGGAGACUGUUGUGGGAUAAAUAGCACCUUUCUACACCAGGGUUAUUUAAUGAGUCAUCAUGUAUUGAUUUGAGGUGAAGUUGGCCCCUUACUAUAUAAACAAAUAUCAAUGUGAUGAGUGAAUAUUUGAUUCGUAAACUCUAAGGCUGAUAUCCAUCCACAUUCAGAAAGAAAUUUGCACCAUCUGCAGAGAGACAGUGGUGUCUUUGACAGAGUAUUUUUGAGUGACUUUCAUAGCAACAAUGCCACCUGUAAUAUACUUGCACUUUAGAUUUGUAAAAAUGACUUAGACAUUACUUUUGUUUUAAUCAGGUUGGUACAGGGUUGUGCAAGGCAUAACCCCAGCAUGCUGGAUAAGGGAUUUUUUUUUUACUGAAUAAUCUGCUUUGUUGACUUACUCUAGUAAGGAAGCUCCCAGAAACAGUGAUGUAUGUAUCACAUCUCUCAAAAGUCGGUUUAAGAAUACACCGGUCAGCAGAGCCCCUCCUUAUCCAACCCAUCAUCUAAACAUGGAGAGAUUGGAUCCUGGAAAAGAGUUGAGAUGCCGACAGCUCAUUUUCAAUGUCGUAAUCUUAACAAGAGCAAACUGCACAAAGCUGCAAAGUUUUAUGACUGUGUUUGUUUUUUUUGGUAUUUUUGGUGCAAUAGGUUUAGUGCAUUAUUGGACCUCGAAAUGGAGCAGAAAGGAAAAGCAAUUUAUGCACAAUUUAUGGAUGCUGUUGCCAUAGUUCAUUCUGAGAUAAUUUUGCCCUUUAGUUUCUAUCCAAAGAACAAAGUUCCAAGCUUCGAUCUGACUCCAUUGUAAUCAAACCAUGGAUAGGAUUUCUUCUGUCUUUACAUAUUUUCUCUUUAGUGAAUUUUCUUUAAAUUCCCAUCUUGCUCUCCAGGGUUGCGUCGAUUGGAGGCUUAUCCUCAAAGCCGGCAGAGAUGUGAGCAUCAUCUGGAAAGGAGUCUUAGUCAGCUCAGGGUUCAACCAGCACAGAAGACCAUAACCCGCUCCUGCAGCGACAACACCAACAGCCACCACCACCACCACUGCUGCCUCACUUACCAUGACUUUCACCACACGCACCACAGCCCAUCAGGCCGCAUCCACAGUCUGGACACUCCCAAGGUAACCAAAUGUACAGCAGGUUGUGUUGGGAGGGUAAAAAUCACAGCACCUUGCAUCAUUGCUCAGAGUUUGAACAAAGUAAAACUCUCUUGUCUUGCAUUUUGGUAUAUUCUGCUGUCUCUUCCUCGAUUUGAAGUCUACAACGAGGACUUGGUCUGACAAUAGACUGUCUGUGCCUGUGUAUCCUGAUGAAGACUAUAAUGUCCCGUACAACUCCUCCUCUGCCAGCCCAUCAAGUCAGCAAGUCCAGGAUCUGGCCCUCAGGAGCCAUAAGGUACCACAUCCAGGUUACUACCUCUCUUUUUGUCUUACUCCCAUCCUUUCAUAAUCUCUCUGUUAUCCUGAUGCCUUUUGUGCACUAGUGAAAAAAGUGAAAUGGGUAGAUCAGGGGUCAUAGCACUCUUAAGCACCUUCAGUACAUGGCUCACAUGGGCCGCUGUUGGUAUCCUGAUGAGAAUUGUCCCCUUGCUCCAGCUAAAGAGGUGUCCUGACAUAGUUGACAUCUAGCAGGCACAGGUCCCCUUUCCAUGCACGAUUGUUGUUGCCAAACACAACUGUAAUAACAGCAACACAAAGUUAGAUUUGCUGUUACUUUAUGCUGAGAUUCUGUCCCACAGUAUUUAUAAGAGCUGUUGAAACUUUCAUUAGUCAUGUCAACACUUCCCCCCCAGAUAACCUCAAGACAUCAUAUCUGUGCAUAAAGUCUAUUCAGGGCUUAGAUGGUCUAAAAAGUCUCAAAAUGUACAGACACACAGGCAGCAGACAGUAGAAGCAAUUUUCUGUACUAUCAGCUGCUCUAAUACUGCCUUACCUUCAUUUUUAUGUACUCAGCUGUUUUUUUUAGACUAUGAAGAGGACCUUUACCACAGCUGUGUUUGUCUGCGUGUCUUUGUCUGUAGUCCACCUGCAAGAUGCGUGUUGCUCCACGUCAGCACUGCUGGCCCCAGGACGUGACCAGUGAGGAGGGUUACGAUGCAGACUCCAGCUGUAGAGGAUUUCCAAUAGAAGAUGGACUGGAGCUUUCAUCAGGCUCCAGCUGUCAGGUACAGCCCAGCAUUAGUUCCUCUUUGUCACUCAGUUAAAGCGCUUCAAUAUCUUUCUGAACUUUAAAUAAAAACCUGUUUCUCACAUUGAACACACAUUUAAAACAGGUCUAAACUGAAAGCUCUUUUGUUGACUAUUAGAAGCAGAUAAUUGAAAAAGUAUAUGAUGGUCUGAUUUGAGUGUAUCAGUUACAAUUGAAAAUAUCAAGAACACAACCUGUAUGAACCCACACCCAAAACACACGAGCCAGGCAGUCAUCACCAUCCGACAGAACACACUUUUAUUGGAUUAAAUAAAGGGGAUCACUAAGAUGCUCACUGUGCUGACAUCUCACUGUUUAGGGAAAUGUACAGUUUGUCAUUGAAUAAUCAAACUGUCAUAGUCCAGAGUUAAACAAAAAGGGAGAGGACUCAAAAUGCAGAACAAAAAAAAGGAUUUAUUCAAAAAGAACAAAAUAAAAAAGCAAAAAAUAGAAAAAAAACAAACAAACAAAAAAAGGCAAAAUCCACAAAAAAUCACUGGGGCAAUAUCACAGGGAGCAACUGGGGACAGAGGCAUAUGCACACACUGACAAACAUAUUAUGAACCAACAAAGACAGAGGGGAAGACAGGGACUAUAUACACACUGGGAUAACGAGCAACAGGUGAGGCAAACGAGACACAGGUGAAACUCAUGGGUGAUCAACGAAGGAGGGAAAACUGAGGAAGUAAAACCAGACUACAAACACAAGGAAUCAACUACUACAAAAUAAAACAGGAAACACUAAAAACUGUUAUAAAGAAUAACAACACAGAGAACAGGAGGGAAACAGGGUCAAACUGGACUUCAGGGGAAUAGUAACAAUAGGGAACAGAAACAGUUGAGAAAACAAACAAAAUGCACUCAAAUAAAAUCAGGAGAAAACUAAAUAAACAGAACAAAUCAUGACACAAACAGUGUUUGACCUCAGGACCAAUGAAACAGAUGACUGGUCACCUGUGUGUGGAGGCUGGUUCAGUUUGUCAUUAAUUACUCUUUUCUUUCCAAUGUUUGAUCAGCCACAGUGACGUCAGGGCUUCAUACACUGUCCGCAUUUGAUACCAAUAACUGUGUAAUUGAAUUAAAGGCUGAAAAAACCUUUAUCAUAUAUCUUUAUAUUCUGAUUCAUGGCAUAAGGGAAUUCAGUCACCAGUCAUUGUUCACUAUAUUCUUGAGUGCUUCUGAAUAUUUGUAGGUUUUGUUUUAAUGACAUUUAGUGAGUUUCAAGCCGCACUUUAAGUUGGUCUGUGUUCUCUAACUUUGCAUGUAAGAAGCGUGUUAUAUCACAUUAUUCUCUUCUUUCCGCUGCAGCUCUUCACUAAUGUGUACAAGGCAUUACGAAAGAUCCUGAGGUUACUUAGGAAUGUAUGUAUGAAUGGCUGUGGUGUCUUUUUGUGAUGUGCUGGUGAAAGCAUGCUGAAAACCUGCCUUUUUUUAUCAUUUGAUGAACCUGGUCACAGAGUGCAAAGAGGUGAGGCGUGGUUUAAUGUACAGUACAGUGCUGUAUUCUUCUCAUUAUAGUUUUAGAGAUACUUAUAAUAAAGCACAUUUUUUAAGGGUUUGUGAAGGGUGGCUUGUCAAAAGUGCUGCUUUGUUUUUGUACAUUAUUUAGUGUCUCUGUAUAGAAAGUCUGGUGGCUCUGAAGAGAGAGUGAUGUACCAGCUGUUUCUGGGUAAAUGAAAAUCCUACUUUUGAUUAAAAGGCCUCUCUAAUAUUGUCAGACCCACAGGAUAACAAUUGGGACCUCCAGGAGGCGCUCACCUCUAUGCUCAGGGCCGCAGGCUGUAGUGAUCUGUUGGAGCUAAAGUUUGAAACCAAAGACUAUAUAGAAUGGACGCCGUCUGCCUCCUUGCUGGGUGAAACCACUGCGAGAACAGCACCCUCUAGUGACGGGCUGCAGUAUAGGUCAUAUAUCCCGCCUCCUCCAGCAAUCCCUAUGGAGAAAUUAAUUUCACAGAAUAUACAAUUUUCUCCCCCCUGGUUGUGAUGUUGACAUGUAGUUACUGUAAGACUGGUUUGUGCUCAAGUCUCUUUUUUCUGUACAGCUCAAUUUUUAAAAGUUAUUAGGGGGUUCAUGUUUUCUAUGAUUGACACUUGAUCCGGGCUCACCUGGGGGGAUACACUGUUUGAGCUGAGCAUCAUCACAGCUACUAUCCCAUCGGAUGCAUACAAUGCUACUGUGUAAGUGGUGGUUCCAGAAAGUGGAGAAAAUCCCGGAAAUACUGAGAGCAAUUCGGCUUCAAAUUCGUAUAAUGAUGAAAGGUGGAGCCAAGUUGUCCAUAAUAGUCUAUAUACAGUCUAUGAUCCUGACCAGGCCGGUAAACACCAAGAUUUUCCUCUGUUUACUGCAUUUACAUGUUUUGCUUGAAAAGCUUUUACAGGUAAAUGUGAGGACUGCCACCUUUCUUGGAAAGUUAUGAAAACUAUCAAAAAUUAUGUAUAACUAUUGACUGAAAUGAUCAAUCAUGGCUGACAAACCCUGUUGAAAGGAUGCCUUGAUAGAAAGUAUUUCUGCACGCAGUAUGGAGUGAAGUUGUUUGUGUUUUUUUCCUUGAACGUAUCAUCAGCGUGAAACAUGUAGCAUUCAGCUGAACAGGUAAAAAAUUAUGUUAUAUACAACUGUUACUACUGCAACACAGACUAGAUAUUCCAGUGAGAUGCAGUCUGAAACCCUCUGUUUGGAGGAUGAAGAAGAAGAUGAAGAUGAGAGUGGCAGUAGUUGUAACAGAAUCCAAACAUUUCCUCUUCUUCUAUAUAAUCUUCUAUAUUAUUUUUAGCUCUGAACAGUAACUGAACAGAGGGGCAACACUUACAUCUGUUGAUCUUGUAGUACUCAAAAAGAAUAUGUUUGUCCAAAGUCGCCAUUUAAAAAAGUGACAAAUAAACAUUAAAAUUCAAAGAGCUGCCUGUUGAGUCAACCCAAACAGUUGUUUGUUGAUAAGUCUCCAAGACUGGGGUGAAGUCUGUCACUGGACAGGAGCUGUGUGACUGAUCAUUUAUACCAUUAGUUUUCUUUUACUGUUGUGGAACAGUAAUAAGUUCUUCAGUAAGUAUUUCUCUGUGCAUAAUUAACACAGGAUGUAAGAGGGAAAAAAAAGAAUGUGGUUGCAUUAAAAAACAAGCUCUACCCCUCACAGACCUCUUCAUUCCUAGCCAAUCGACUUUAUUGGCUCUUUAAAUUAAUAUUGGAUGUGUUAAAAUGAUACAAAGUGGUUCUCUGGGAUCCAGGAUUGAUUGUGUGUUUUUGUUCGUGUGGCUGAGCUGGAUUUGCUUUUAUCUGCAUGUUAAUGGAACUGAUUUCAUUAUCAUUAAGAGUUGCUUUUGCAUGAUAUCAAGCAGUUUCCAUAUUUAAUCACACCUUUAUGCAUGUUUGGCUCCUUAUCUGCAUGUGUUUAUACUGUCAGCAUGAAAACCAGGCAGGCACGUGUCCUGUCCUCAAGUCCUGCCACACUGAGUUACAGAUCUGGACAUCCACAUUGCUCCUUGUAGUGUAAUAUCCCCGACACCUUUUAAAUACAUGUUCAGUAAUAACCUGCCAGAUGCAUAUGCAGGAUCAUUAUUCAUGUCUCUAAAUGUAGAGAAGGAUUUGUUAGAAAUUAAUCAUAUUGCACAUCUGCACUCACUAUUCAUACAGAGACUCUGUAAUAAAAAUCGUCAUCGUCGUCGUUUUCUUCCGCUUCAUCCGGGUCCGGGUUGCGGGGGCAGCAGAUUCAGGAGGCAAGCCCAGACUGCCCUCACCCCAGCCACUUCCACCAGCUCCUCCGGGGGAUUCCCAGGCGCUCUCAGGCCAGGCGAGAGAUAUAAUCCCUCCACCUGGUCCUGGGCCGGCCACGAUGUCUCCUCCCGGUGGGACAUGUCUGGAACACCUCUAAUAGGAGGCGUCAAAAAGGCAUCCUAGCCAGAUGCCCGAGCCACCUCAGCUGACUCCUCUCGACGUGGAGGAGCAGUGGUUCUACUCUGAGCGCCUCCUGAGUGUCCGAGCUUCUUACCCUAUCUCUAAGGCUGAGUCUGGCCACCCUGCGAAGGAAACCCAUUUCAGCAGCUUGUAUCCGUGAUCAUGUCCUUCCGGUCAUUACCCAAAGUUCAUGGCCAUAGGUGAGAGUCGGCACGUAGAUCGACCAGUAAAUCGAGAGUCUCGCCUUAUGGCUCAGCUCUUUCUUCACCAUGACUGAUCGGUUAAGCGUCCGCAACACCGCUGACGCCGCUCCGAUCUGCCUGUCGAUCUCCCAUUUUCCCCUUUUACUUCCAAAACAAUAGCAGCAUAAUUGACAAGAGAUGAACUUAUCAAACCACUUCAAUCUGCCAGAAAGCAAACAACAGGGGGCCUCUUAAUAAAGUGUGUGCUCCUGCUCUGUCCGCAGAGAUCAUUGAGGUCAAUGUGUCUCCGUUUAGACCAAAUGAACUCAAUGAAUGAUGAAGGAAAACAUCACAGUUUCUUCUUUCAGUACCUCAGCUAGUAUUGACACAUUUAGGUGGACCAGUUAUUUGAAAUAUUUCCCCCCCUAUGUCUCCUCAACACAAAAAUCUCUGCAGCAUAUAGUCCAGAGUUCUCCUUCUUCCUCCAAUAAAACCAGAGCUUGUGGUUGUGGAAACAGAGGUGCAUGAACUCCACUUUAAGUCAUUAGGUCCAUAAGCAGGACUCUAUCUCUGGUCAGGUUUUUGGCCUGUUUCUGAGUUGAUCAUCCUGUGUUAAGAAAGCGCAGUGCAGUGUGUUUGAACAGAGUCAUGGUUCGUCGUUGCAUCUGUCUGUGGUUACUGCAAGAGAAACUGUUGUGACAAACCACUUCCUGUUUGUGUAGCAGGAAGAAGAAAAAACAAGGAAACUAUCAGACGAAGGAGAAGAAGAUUUCACUCGUCCAGACAGCUCAGCCUGCACCAACAUCAGACUGCACUCAGGUAAGAGACAGGUGCCGAGAACUAGCAGGGAAAACCAUGAAUGCAUGUAAGAAACCAGCUGAUCAAUCCUGCAGCAGAUUUGAUUCAUUUACAACGAGCUGAACCUGAUCAUCACACUGAUGUUUCAUUUCCUGUUCAGAUAAGAUGAACCGUGUCAGCAAAUACAAACUGAGAAGUAAUCACACUUUUCUUAAGUUAAUUACUCUAGUCAUGGUCCGUUGGGUCUAUUUUCACAGUUUCUGAUGGCCUGUCUGAACAGUUUGACACCUAUUUGAACUUUAAAGGUGACACACUCUCAAUGAGAAGCUCUUUCUUUAUAGUUUAGUCUUUAAUGCAAUGCCUCUACCACUUCUUACUGUUAAAGUUAUCAUGGUACCAGAAUUUGGAUUCAAUUUUAGUAUAAAAUAAAUGAAAAAAAUACCAGUUUUGUUACCAUGGCAACAUAGAUUGAACUUCCAAAAUGGUGAAUUGUGCUCAUUUCGAUUUUCAACCUAAACACGGACCAAAUAAAGAGAAAAUAUAAAUGUAAUGUUCUUCUAAAUAUAAACCUUAAAGAGGGGGUAUUGUGCUUUUCUUAGAUUCUAUUCUUCCUCUCUGAUUCCUCUUCAAUGGCUUGACAUGAUUUUCAGAUCAAAAGAAGUCUCUUGUUUCUCACUCUGGAGGUCGGCUGAGGACAGAGUUUGAUGUUUUGGCCCCACCCUCUCUAGUGUGAUCAAUUAGACGAGCAGCAGAGCAGUGUUACCCCGCUCUGAUGUGGGUGUCACCUCACAGGAGUAUCUAAGUGUCUUUAUAAGAAAUGAAAUAUUAAUAUUGAGGUGAAAUAAGCAUACAGUUAUACUCUGAUUUGUUAGUAAUGUCUUCUCCAAAAAAAGGAUCACAGAUGAUAUAUCCUUUAUUUAAAUAUUACUAUAUUACAAUAUAGUAUAUACAAUAUAUUAUUUUGUCUGACAUGUUUGUUUGCAGAUAGUUAGUAUAAACAGCUUUACCUUCUACUGAUUGGUCAAAGCACAACAACACAGCAUUUGUUGUAAUUCUAUGCAGGAAAAAUGAAAGCUAAUGACUCUGUUUCUGUGCAUGCAGCUCCAAUACUAAGCAAACUGCUUUACUCCUCAGCACAGCUUUUAAAGGGAUAUUCCGGUGUAAAUUUAAGUUAUGGUCAAACACACCAUUACACCGAGUUAGACACCCCCUUGAGAGAUGAACGUUGCUGACUGCUUGCUUCUCUAGUUAUACCAACUUUAGUAACGACUGCAUAACAGUAAUACACAGCGGUCUACCUCUCCACGCGCAAACCUCGACCAAAACACCAUUCUAUAGUCACAAAUAAUGCUUAGAACAGCACCUAACUUCAUCAACAGUGCAUAUAGGGUCCCAGCCAAAGUACUAGCCACCAAACAUCUUUUAAGCUUUGCCUGAUUUCAUUAGCAAAGAGACCAAACACAACUUACCCACUCUCCUCCAGCAGUCUCUUGUUUGUAGGGGGAGCCCUGACGAGUCGAUCACUGAGUGCAGCAGAGUUUCGCAGCUCAAGGAAGAACAUUAAUGAUAACACUCAGUGAUCGAUUUGUCAGGGCUCCCCCACAAACAAGAACUGAAGUUGGUAAAACUAGAGAAGCAAGCAGAUGGCAACAUUUAUCUCUCGUGGGGGUGUUUAACCCUGUGUUACAAUGUGUUUAAACUGCAUUUGUACAGGACUGUGAAAUGCUCAACCUCUCUGGUUUCUCUUCUUCUCUGUGUCUCUCUGUGUGGACAGGUGAUUUAGCUACUUGCUCACAACCAAGAAGAGGCGCUCUGAGGAGACAGGCUUGUACUGAACAACAUAUCCAAGAGCUACUGGAUCCCUGGGUUUACCUUUCAGAGAGUUCCCCUGAGGAGCUACCUGACGUCCACCAGCAUCAUCCUCACCCCGCUGCAGACACUGCACAGCCUAUUAAGAGCCACAGCAAACCUUCCACCAUGAGUGACCAGGAAGACAACUCCCACACCAAUGGCACAGAUGGAACAGACACAUCUGAGACCCCCCCUGAUGGAAAGAAGGGCCCCCCUGUGGCCCCGAAGCCCUCAUGGUUUCGCCAGAGUAUUAAAAAAAUUCAGGACGAGCAGGACCAGAAGAAGCAUGCAAAACCCACAGGGGAAGGUCGUGGUUCGGGUUUCAACAGAAACUUUGGAAUCCGAUCUGCCUCUGCUGCAACCAACCUGUCAAUCAAACAGAAGAUCCACUCCUUUGAGAGUUUUUCCAGUCCAGAUGGUCAAGGCAAGGAGAGCAGCAGGAGGCCUGUCGCCCCGUCUGCCUCUCUUCCUCUGAUGGAGAAGGAAUCCAGGGGCUACCUUACCUCAAAUACAGAUUCUAGAAAAGGCAAAGAUCAGAUCUUUGAAGAGGUCCAGACUACCCAGACGGAGUGUAAUAGAGCAGAAGAGAGUGUCUCUGUGACACCCUCUGCUGUCUCCUCCCUCUCCUCCACUUCAGUAGCAUGUAGUCAAGCAGAUGAACCUGCCUCCAUCCUGGCUCCCAUGGAUCUCCAACCCUCUGAUGUCAUCAGCACCAGUGUUGUGUCAGGGAUACCUGAACCUCAAGAGUCCCAGGAUGUAACGGUGAACCCCAUCAGGGUCACUGAGUCAGAGGUCCAACUACCUGCAACAUCUGAGGCGAACAGUGAGGCUGAAGGAGACACGCCUGUGGAAGAGAAAGACGGGGGUGAGGUACAGAGCCAAGAAGGAAACCUGCCGAGCACAGAUCUGUGUACCUCUCCAUCUACAGAGGGUCAACAACAGAGAGGUCUGGAGGACGAGAGCCUGGGGAAAAUCCUCGCCUUCAGUGACCAGGUAAUACAGCAUGAUGUGAGGGGUUAUUAUCAUGAAGUUUUUCCCAAAUGUCAACUUGAUUUUUAAAAUCCCUCUUCAGAGCUCUCUCUGUCAUCACCAGUUGUAGAGAGAAAACAGUAGAGAACACUGCAUGGCCUCAACAUCUUAAUCUAUGCUCCAUUUCAGGACGCCACGUGAACUUUGGGGUGUGAAUAUGUUGUUGCUGCUCUAAUGUAGAGUAUCACAAAUGUAUCAACCUGUGAUAUAAAAAAUAGGAACAUAUUUAUAAUAGGUUAGUAUCUUAACCUAUUAUGUAUCAUUAGCAUGACUACCUUUGGUUUCCACCAUGAUAUCUUUGUAGUUUUCCUUCUGUAGGUCAGUUCAGGACUGUGUCCAGUUCAAACAGGCCCCAAUUAAAAUGUGCCAGUAAAGAAAUCAAUACAUCUGAUCAAUCAAUCUGAAUUGAGCAUCAAGAGCUGCUGUCUGAAUGUAAAUCAUCAUUCAAUGCUAAUAGAUAUAGUUCAGCGGAUCCUUGGAUUGAGAGGACUCUCCAUACGGCUCACUGGCACACCAGUAGCUAAUACUAGUGUAUGUAAUGAACUGAAAUCAUACACUGAAAAACCGCCUUCAAAAUUCAGACUUGACAUUUUUAUGCUGAAUCUUCAAAUAGAUGUCAGAUGACCUCAAAUAGGACUAAAUUUACAUUUAACAGACACCAUGCUGAACUGAAACAACUCACUGCUACAUUUGGAGGUUUUUACAGAAACCUUAUUUUAACCUCUCAUGGACAUGGACUAAAAACCAAAGGGGUACAUCCACUGCAUGUCAUAAGAAAUAAGAAAGAAAGAAAUAAGACCCGUCCAAAACAUAUCAGGUCUGAAUCUGAUGUGUUAUCAGUAAGUUUGUUCCAUAUCUAGGGUUAGGGCAGAUUUACAACUGUGAUGGAGGAUACAGCUGAGUUAUUGUCAAACUCACGUUCCACAGGUGAGUUUAUUACAACAUCUAGGUGGUGAUAUUGGAUACAUGUUGGUUUUAUAGCUUACAAACAUGUAUAUCUUACCUUAUACAGACUUUCAUUCACAUCGAAGCGUUUUACUGACUUUUUGUUACUUUUAAUCCAGUUUUCACAAGCGCUGAUGCGCUCUCUACCCACGUGCCCCUGCCCUGGUGACCCCCAGCUGCUGGAGCCCUGUGCCCAGGACUUAACAAACCCUCAGGAGUCCGAGCUCAGCCAGAGCAGCACUGACAGAGGAUUCUCUGUUAGGUAAGACUGAGAGCUUUGGCCUAGCAUUUCAACGACGACGCCCCACAGAGAGCUGCAUACUGUGUCUGUUUUCAGUUCAUAAGGAAGUGGGUAUAAGUUAAAAAAAAACAACUUCCUGUGUUGUAAGACGUGUACUAGUGACUACUUUUAAAAAGCAGAUGUUGUACACCAUUCACACAGAAUAUAAAAGAGUGACCUUCAGUCAGAUCGCUCACAUUUUAAAGUGGUUACUGUAACAGCGGAAGAGGAAGAGUGUUCCUGUUUAGGCCCCAAUCUCUCCGUGCAUAUGUGUUUUUGUGACACAGACAUUUGAGAAGUCAUAAAUUCAGUUUUAACACCUUCAAGCCGUGGAGGUAGAUGCUGGAGAGGUGGGGCUGAUCACAUGGUACGGGGCAGCAGCGACAAAAACAGAGUGAGAGACCUGCAUGUUCAUCUUCAGUCUAACAUGUUAUCAUCUCAUCAAACACAGCCUGGCCACAGUGAGAGAGUUCACCAUCGAGCAAGGGGAGGGGGGAACUCAGGGGGAGGCUGCUGUCACCUCUGCUCGGGCUCACUCUGUCAUCUCAGCCAUUCCAUCAGAAGAAAUACAGAAGAUGAUCCAAGAAGUUCAAACUCUGGAUGAAGAGCUGCUGAAGGUAAGAAGUCACCAACAAACUGUGGAUAUUUCACAGAGGGGAAAACUUGUAAAUCAAACUUGCAUAGUUGUAAUUUAAAUAUCUUCUCUGGUUUAUUGUCAGAAGUUCUCUGAAGUUUUGAAUUAUAAUAAUGUUCAAUCUGAGAUUUUUUCCUCCUGCAGCCUAAUAAGCACUUAUUUUAUUAUGGUCACACACUGCCACCAUGUGUGUAUGUGUGAAUUUUCCAACAAAUCUAGUGCUUUCCAAUUGUGAAAAGAUUUAUGUAUUCAUGCUAACUUUUUUCGUGCACCAUCUAAAUUCUUCCAAAGGUGUUUGAGGCCAUAAAAAACAUGAACAGUUGUUUGGUUGACAUGGAAACUCGCUCACGAAUCCUGAGACAUAAAAUCGAUGAAAUGCAAACUUUUCCACAGCAACUGGCGGACAUUCAUGUUGUGAUUCUGCACAAAGAGGAGGGCGCUGGGCUGGGCUUCACCAUCGCCGGUGGUUCUGACUUGGAGAGCAAAGCUCCUACAGUAAGAAGAGUUCACUCACUCACUCACCAGACAAACUAAAACAGAUAAAGCUGCAUCAUUACAAUCAUUUGGUUUUCUGACCAUGUCUUUUGAAUGGUUAAUGAACAGGUUUCUAACGGUCCAGACAAGAGAAAGAUAAAAACACUUAAACGGUUAAUAGACUGUAUUAUGUGUUAUUAUAACACUUUCUUUAAUCUUACUCAAACUGCUUUAAUUUACAUUACAUGUCAUAUUCACCCAUUCACACCACAUCCUUACCCCAUUUACACUCUGCUAGCACUGCCAGUGAGAGCAGUUUGAGGAUAAGUCUUUCCCAAAGACUCUUCAGCAUUUCAGGCAUUGAUUGAAGAACCCCCAGUUUACCGACUCUGGCACAGAUUCACCACCACCCCUUCACCUUUAAAAGAAAAAGAACAGUCAUUUGAAACUGGCUUUUUGAGACAAAACCAUCUGAACCUUUAAUAAUCAGAGUUGUACAAAUCAAAGAGUAUUCACACAAGACCGUAAACACUAAUCUGACUGUUGGAUUGCAGUAUCUAUCUCAGAUACUGCAAUAAAAGACUGUCUUUACCACAAACAACUCAAAAAGUACGAAGAUUUUUAACCUGGCUAGUAUUCUGCUUACUCAUUUCUCCAUUUUACACUUUGUAACAUUGUUUAAAAAUGUCUGUUUUCUUGUGUUCAGGUGCACAGAGUGUUUCCCAGUGGCCUGGCAGCUCAGGAGGGCACCAUUCAGAAAGGAGAUGAAGUGUUGUCUAUUAACGGAAAAACACUGCGCUGUCUCACACACGCUGAUGCCACCAAUGCUCUACGUCAGACCCGCAAUACGACGCUGGCUGUGGUGGUUAUCUGCAAGAGAGCAGAUGAGGGAAGGAGAGAGGAAGGAGGCUGCAAAAAUGAGGAACCAAACCCUACAGGUGAGUCAUGCAUCAGAUAAUUCUCUGGUCAUGAACCUUUUCAGACCGAAAUGUUUUCAAAUACAAGACAAGAAUUAGCAGGUUUGCACUUGAAAUGUAUAAGAGAUGAUAGAUUUCCAUGAUCACGUUUUGAGAUCUUGCACUUCUGGUUGCUUUCGUCCUGAUCAUGGACGCCUCUGAGCAGCAUAAAUAUAACCAUCUGUUCUAUGAUCAGAAGAUUUUGUUAGCUCAAGCAUGGGCUUCAGCAGCUAGUAGCACCAGGAAAUUAGCAUUGUUUGCUCCUGUGAUUCUUACCAUCUUAAAGUCUGAUUCUCAAUCAUGCUGCCCUCAUGAUAUUCAGGAGGAAACAUGCCAAAAGUUCUGCAGUUCUGUGCAGUCUGCUCUGGUUUCUAGCCUCUGCACAGAGCUGCGCUGUGCACUUACAUCCUGACAGAGCUAGAGGUCUCUUCACAUACAGAUGAUGAGUUGACCGGGGUGGACAUGUGUCUCCAUUGUAUUUGUGAGGUCAAUUCAUGAAAGAUAUGAUACAAAUGUAACCAUGACAACAAACUCUUCAUGCACCUGUCCAGGUUAGUGAAAGAAAGGGGUUGAACGCCACAGCUCAGCUAUAAUUGCUAGCAAGGGUUCGAGUCAGGAACAUCACUUAGGAAGUCCAUCCAUCCAGUUUCUCAUGGCUUAUAUGUUUAGGGGUCCUGUGAGAGUGAAGCCAAUCCCAGCUGUCACCGGUUGAGAGGUUGGGUACACCUGGGGUCCGUUUCACGUAGGUGGUUCAACAAACUCUGAGUUAAAUCCUUAACUCUGAGUUGAUCUACUCUGAGUUAGGAAACUCUGAGUUUCCGGUUUCACAAUACCUGAUUUGAGACGGUUUUAACAACUCCGAGUAGUUUGACCUGGAGUUAAGCACGUGCACGCCAGACAUAAACAGCCAGCAUCUGUGGAGCGCAGAUUCAAUGAUCAACCAAUGGAAACAGGGAGAAGGAGGGGGCAGCAGCAAGCCAACAGCGAAUUACAGCACGUUUGUAAAAGAAAGUGCAAUACAGCAGCAGCUGCAAAGGAGAAGGAGAGGGCUUGGGAGGAAAUCGCUGCUCGCGUCAAUGCGUAACUUUAAAUCUAGUCUCGUGCAAUCACAAUGACAGACUGUUGCAGGGAAACUGCUUGAAUCAUUUUGAUCAUGUUUUACAUUGUCAAGUAAGUAUUAAGUGGCAGUUUGAUCCCUUAGAAAAUGCUCUUUUCACACUCAAAAAAAUGAAUUUUACUCUCUUAUGAUGUUCCGUUAAGUGAUUAGGAAUAUUAAACUAACUCUCAGUAUGUAUAUGUACAUAUAUUAAACUAACACACACUACACUCAAUAUUAGACUUUCACUCAGCAAACAGAAAGAGGGCAGAUGCCAGAAAAAACGGGUGGUGGCCCAGCAGCCCCCCCCCCCGACGAUCGAAACCCCCACCUCGUAGCAGCGAUCGUCGGACUGGUGUGCGUGCGUGUGUGUGUGUCUGUGGGGGGGGAUUUGCGUUCGGACCGGCCGCGAUCGUCGAACGGGGGGGGGUGGGGGGCAGCUCCUCUGCCUCCGUUAAAGGUGGGGCUGCUGGACCACCACCCGUUUUUGUGUUAGUUUAAUAUUCCUAAUCAUUUAACGGAACAUAAUAAGAGAGUAAAAUUCAGUUUUGAGUGUGAAAACAGCUUUUUUAAAGGGAUCAAACUGCCACUUAAUACUUACUUGACAAUGUAAAACAUGAUCAAAAUGAGAAAAUGCCGAUGUCUCACCUGAAACUCUGGGUUUACUGAGUUAAACCUGCUCCCGAGCAGGUUAGGUUCACGGAGUCUGUUACUGCGGUAACUGACCGCGAGGUUGAGUUACCUCUCUUUGUGAAACAGGUUAGAGUUACCCCUCUCUCCCUGGUUUAACUAACCCUCCUUUGUGAAACGGAAAACUCAGAGUUUCCCUGAUUUCAGGGUUAACAAACUCGGAGUUUCCACUAAACCUGCUACGUGAAACGGACCCCUGGACAGACCACCAGCCCAUUACAGAGCUGACAUGUAAAGACAAAGUAAUAUUCACACAAAUUCAGCCAUGUUCACACUGCAGUACUUAAUACUCAAUAAUCCAGAUUAAUUGCUUAUAUUGAGAUUGUGUGUUUGGUUGUUUACAUUAUUUUUUUCAGACUCCCCGGAGUCUGACAUGCAGCCACUGAAGUAAGAAUGGCAGAAAUGAAAAACUCGUUUUGUCACAAAACUACAUUUUAAGUCAAGGACAUACAAGCAGCUACAACCUCAAUUUCAGAAGACUGGGACAGUGUGUAAAAUAAAAACGAAUAGACUGCCAUUAUAUUUUCAUGGUUUGCAAAUAAUUAAAGUCUGUGUUGGAUUAAAAGUUACAUCCAGACAAUCAUUUUAUGACAACAUUUGAGCUUGUUUUAAAUUUCACACCAGAAAAAAGUUAGAGAAAAAUUGAAACAGGAACUAAAAAAACUGAAAAAGUUGUAUUAGGCUAAAAAACUCCUGGAGGAUCAUCUCCUAUUUAAUUAGGUUAACAGCUUAGUAUCAUCUUGGCCGGGGUACAAAAAAUGGCCGUCCAGAGAGAAAGGUUAUCCUAGAAGGGAAGGUGGGAAAGACCACUUUAGAAAACAGUUCAAAAGUUUUGGAAUAUCUUAUUUAGCAUACAAUUUCAAAGAAUUUGAGGAUUUUUUCAUCUACAGGACAAAAUAUUGAUUAAAAAUUCAUGCGGUCAGGAGCAGCCUUAGUACAAUAGGAGUAAAGCUGCAAACUACCAGAUCAACCAAACUUGAUCCACACUGUUGAAGACUUCUCUGCACCUGUGCCCUUUAAGCUGGACUGAUGUGAAGUGUAAAACUGCCCUGAAGUCUCAGAAGACAAAGCUUCAUUUUUCCUGGUCCUCCUCUCUGAAGGAAGAGGGACCACAGUCACCAGAGGGAACAGCUCAGGAGUCGCUCAUCUAUCUGAAAGGGGACUAGAAAUGCUGAACAUUAUACACAGAGCAGAGUCCAUUGUAAUUAGGACCAACUUUACAACUGUGCCACCUGCUGUCCUAAAGUAUAAAUGACAUGACGGAGCACAAUACUAACCAGUCCUGUCAUUGUUGCUACAUUAAGAUUUCCAUCAACAAACACAGGAGACAUGCCUGACGCAGAGGGUUUAGUAGUGAAAUGAUGUUUUUAAAGGAUCAGCUAUGUUAUGUUGAGGCUUCGGAGUCCCUCAUCGAUGUCAUCAAAUGGUAGCUUGCGAACUGAAGCUUUGAUUGAGCCUCUGUUGUCAUGGUUACUCAUUUAAUUUGCUCUCUAAACCUUAAGCUCUGAGACCUCAAAGGUCUAAAUGACUUCACCUAGAAAGUGAUUAUGUUCAUGAGGCCACCAGGACUCGAAACGAUAAAACCAGGAUUAGGACAGUACUGAGUGACUGCUCACUCAACGCUCAUGGCACAUUAGACAACUCUGAAACCAUGAAGCAACACAUGGGACUAAAUAAGAUGACUGUUUCAAAGUUGUAUUUAAAAAGAAUUGGGAUUUGAUGUCUAUGUUUAAACAGGUAUGUAGUCGACCUGCAGAAUUUAUGUCAAUAUGGAAGCUUUGUUAGAUUUUGUGCUGCACUGUGAACACAACACUACAGAUGAGAGGAAAAAUCUGUUUUAAUCUGGUCAAAACAGGACUACCAGUGGAUCUUUGCAAUAUUUGUUAUUUUCACUUAAAAACACGUUGUUUUUAAGCAACAUCAUCAUGGCACCUUCCAUGCACAGUAUUUACCUCCUUUUUCAUUUCCUUCUCAUGGUGUUCAUUUUCCAUCCACACUUUGCCACAGUGCUUUGAAGUAUGGUUAUGGUUCCCUCAAGCUAAUUCUGCAGAGAUGUCUACUUACAGGUAGCGUGCACGCAGUAAAGGGUUAAAAAACAGUGCGACACUGGGACAGCCCUCAUGAACUUAAGAGGAAGGCACCACAAAGUCAAUGAGUGGCUGAGUGUGGACAUGCACCAUGAGUGUGUGUGUGGGCUCCAUUAAUCAGGUCCUGUGAACUGUGUUUUGUGUGACAGUUGAGGAGCAGGGAACCGUGAUCAGGGUGCAGCUGGAGAAAGGAGGUGGGGGUGUUGGCUUCACUCUGGAGGGAGGAAAAGGCUCCAUCCAUGGAGACAAACCUUUAGUCAUCAAUAGGAUCUUUAAAGGUAAGAUUAUGUAUUUGUUCUUUAUUGAUCUAUUUCAAAGAUAAGGUACUAUCAGGGAACUAUUGUGAAUGUCUGUACUGGGAGUGAAAAUGGUGCAGCAGUAAGCACUAAGAGGACAUUAAAAUGCCACUCCAUCAUUUAGCAGAAGCUUUUGCCCAGGGUGACACAGCCUAUAAUAAAGUAUUUCAGGUUUCGAACACAGAGCAGGUUAUCUGUUAAUGUCUGUCAUCAUCAGGUCAUGUCAAAACCAGCUGGUGAAACUUUGUCUUCAAGGUAACUUGGAUCUGCUCUGAGACUGAAGAGUGGUUUUCUGUUUGAAGCAUACACAGAUAGCUCGAGAAUAGAUCCUCCACUCUCUGUCUUUUAAGGUUUCUCUGAUGUACUUCACUGUCACUCCCCUCAUUGUAAUGAGAGUUCAGGACAGAAGGAGAGGGUCAGACAGUUUCUACACUUGUUAGAAUCUUGGGUUAGUAGUGGUUUUCCAGCGGGUGUGAUUAAAAAUGAAACAUUUCUGGCUAACAGCUCUGCUCAAGGACCAGAAUAAAAACUCCUUCAUAUGUGAAUCGACAGCGACUCUUCAGUCAUUGUCACUUUCUCUGAUUUCUGUAUAAAAAGGUUAAAUAAAUAAGUGUGUUUCUAUCAUGUGUGCAGAACAGAGUGGACUACAGAAUGGAGAUGAACUGCUGCAGGUUCAGGGGACCAGCCUACAGGACAUGACUCGAUUUGAGGCCUGGAAUAUGAUCAAGGCUCUGCCUGAUGGAGACAUUUCAGUGGUGGUCAGGAGGAGGCAGGGGGGAGGAGAAUGAUCAACAUGGCCGCUAGAAGCUGCUGCCAAUGAAGAAGCCAAAGAUUAAAAAAAAAAAAACAGCCGUCCCAACCAUCUUCAUAACCUUAUAAGACUCUAUUUUUGGACCCUUAUUAAGAAUCUGAAUCAGAAAAUGUGUAUUUAUCCUGGAGCAGUGUCAGCGCUCUUAAAUGCUGUGUAACAGUAAGAAAACAGGUAAAACAUGAUGUAAAAGAGAUUUAACCUCUAUUACUAUUUAAGGUUGCUGUGGUGCUCUGGUCAUCUCAGCAGCAAAGACUAUACCCAGGAAUAUAGUUUAUCAGGUUUUCAUUUUCAUUUUCAGCAGCACAUGAUUUCCUGUUUUAUGUCACUUUAAAGUGUCAAGUCAAAAGUGGCAUUUAGCAUAACAGAUCAGGUAAAUAAAGGAAUAUAAUGUUCAUAACUCUUUUUAAAUUGGUGUUUAAUCACCUUAAUAUAAGUUUUUUUUCUUUAAUCUGUGUAAGGAGCAGGUCCCCUUCAGCUGAGGCCACCCCUGUGUUUCUACAAUAGCACAAAGAAAAAACUAUAGGGCCAUGUGUGUUUCUGACUUGCGUGAGGCCCCUGCCAAAAAUGCACCAGUGGUUAUUGUUGUUGCAUUCAAAACAACUUGCAGACUGAUUAAAGUUUUUGACAAUAAAACUCAACAGAUGGAGAAUCUUACUCCUCAUGCAUCUCUGGAGCUUCUUGUUCUUGAAGGUCGCUAUCACCUCUGAAGUAAUAAUGAGAGGGGUUUGUGUUCGUAUCUGACAGUGUGACCGCAAGACGUCUGAUUUCUGCUCACUGAAGGUCACCUUUGAAAGUGGGAAAAAUCACUUGCUUUUUCUGCUGAGUAGUACUUAAUUCUGCCUCUAGGUGUCAAAAGAGGACAAUGUUUUCUCAGUAACCCGCACUAUUUUUACAGGGCCUGUGCCAUAAGGCAAGAAAAAGGGUUAGCAAACAAACUCAGGGAUUAAUUCAGGAUUUUUAUUAGGUGGAUGUAGCUCACUUUUAACUGGGGUGGAUCACCAUGGUAACUUGGGCUGACAUGUAACCUGCUCUGCAUCAGGUUACAUCCAGGAUGAAAGAUCAUCCUCUGAAAACCGCUGCCCACCAACCAAUCAUUUUUCUGGAUUACAGAGCUCAGUGAGCCUGUCCUCCUGAGAGGAGAGGAAGAGUCCAGAGUGGGUGCACACUUACCCACUAAAAGGAUUUUAUGGAUGAAAACUAUUGAUAAAAGUUCAUCGGGUCCUUUAGCGGACUGAAAAAGCACUGGAGGCCAGCACUGUUCCAUUAAACAUGCUACAAGUGUACUACUGUGUACUUAUGAUGGGAGAGAUUGAAUAAGUCUUAAUUAUGCAUUUAUACUGAGGUCUGUGUGCUGUGCAGCUGUCUUGAUUUAGGUCUGGAUCAUUUUGAAACUCCUUCAUAUUUUUGCUUUAAGUCUGUAAAGAAGACGCCCUGCUAACAACAGGCGUGUUCUUGAUGUGCUCAUGUUUCCAUCCAUGAGUUGAAAAAUAAGUUUAUCAUUAAAAUAUCAGCAAUAUCAUGCACAACACUGAUGCCUGACGAGGUCUCAGUGUUAGGGAAGAUGGAUCAUCACGGUAACUUACCCCAAAGCCA